AUCUAAAAGAAUGUCCCUACAUUGUUAUUGUCUCUGUUGGCAAACACACUCAUUUACCACCCCCACCCAGCAAGCCUCUGAUAACUGCUGUGGAAAACUUGAAUAAAAUAAUGAACAAUGAGGAUUUGCUAGAUCUUACUGCACGCAAGCUGUUGACAAAGCCUGCAUUAAAGAUAUAUCUCAACGGUGCACAUAUUAGCACCCUCCACCCAUCUUUCAAUAAACAAUCCCGACUCAAUUAUUUGAUAGGAAAGGCCAAACGUACUAAGUAUCCAUUUGGUCAGGAUAUUUACG